AUGUCUAAAUACAAGGAUAUUAUGAAGAAUGGGUGGCAUCCUGAAAAGGCAGGCACUUCCCUUAAGGGUCAAGUUAAAGGUCUUGUUGGGAGAGGAAAGUCCGAUGAUGCCGACAGAGGUGACCAUGUUUCUGUUCCGAUAUCACAACUGAAGGAUCCUUCGAGCUUUGCACCACCUCCCAAACGCACUGGCACUGGUCUUAUUCCAGCAGCACCCAGAAGAGAUACUGCCUCCCCAUCAAACCAUCAGGAUCCCUACGCCCCUGGCUCCCAAGAACAUGGAUAUACCGAGUCUCAGGACCAAGCCGAGGAGCCGCCAAAACCCCGCGGUCCGUAUCGUGUAGACACGACCGGCCUCUCGACAGAUAACCUACCCAAGCCACCUGGACGAAGAGACGGCGCCGAUGGACGUUCGGCACAGCCACCAUCAUAUCAGUCAGCCAUGACAGGUGUAGGAGGAGGAAGAGCAGCACCUCCUAGCCUACCACCACGUCUGCCCCCAAGGACCAACUCUGCGAGUACAGUGGAGAGCUCACCCGGCGCUAGCCCUGCUCCUAUAAGCAGUGGACUCUUGAACCAAGGAGCAGUGAGCCGCUUGGGCGCAGCAGGUAUCAAUGUUCCUGGCUUCGGUAUUGGUCGCUCGAAUGCUGCAUCUCCAAGCCCACCUCCGCCCCCGCGCGCAGGUGUCGCUGCACCUCCUCCUACGCAGACUCCAUCGCAUAUGAGCGAACUACAGAACCGAUUCUCUAAGCUCGGUUCAUCGUCGUCUAAUGCCAAUGCAGCAGCACCCCCACCUCCCAGCGAAGGGACUACGUGGGCACAGAAACAAGCCGCUCUCAAGACUGCAUCGUCGUUUCAAAAGGAUCCUUCAUCAGUCUCCUUUUCAGACGCCCGAGCAGCCGCCAGCACAGCCAACAACUUCCGUCAGCGCCAUGGUGAACAAGUUGCCGCUGGAGCCAAGGCAGCAAAUAAUUUUAACCAAAAGUAUGGUCUUAUAGACAAAGCACAGAGCUCUUACGCGAAAUUCCAAGGCAAUCAAGCCCAGGAUCAUGAUAGUGCUGCUGGAGUAUCAUCCCCAGGCAUGACAGGUGCAGCGGGAAAGAAGAAGCCACCACCUCCACCUCCGCCCAAGAAGAAGCCGGCUCUAGUGAGCGCACCAGCUACUCCUGCUGAUGAUGAACCACCGCCGAUUCCCAUGGCAACGAGGCCCCAGUUUUGA